GUUUUAAAGCUGUCUUACUUUAUAGAAGAUUUAAUUUAUAAUCAAUUAUACCAUUAAAGUGCCCACCUGUGGAUGAUUUGAAUAAAAAAUGUCCGAAGAAAUUAAUGCAACAGUCUGUGGUCCAACAAAGCAAUAUAAUAAAACUGAAAAAAUUAUGCAAUCUGUGGUAAAGCUGUUUGUUCAGAUGUCAACGCCAAAUUACAGUAUGCCCUGGCAAAUGAAAAGACAACAACAAACAUCUGGUUCUGGUUUCAUCAUCUCAAAUCGUAGAAUUUUAACAAAUGGUCAUGUAGUUGCAUAUCAAAAAUCGGUUAGAGUUCGUAAACAUGGUGAUGCCAAGAAGUACCACGCACAUGUGAUUCAUGUUGCUCAUGAGUGUGAUAUUGCAAUGGUUGGUGUCAGUGAUGAUGCCUUUUGGGAAGGGUUGGAAGCGUUGGAGUUUGGUGAUAUUCCUCAAUUGGAAGAAGAUAUUGUGGUAGUUGGUUUCCCAACAGGUGGUGACAACAUCAGUGUAACACGUGGUGUUGUCUCCAGAGUGGAUAUACAAAGAUAUUCACACUCAGGAGCCCACCUGCUUGCAAUUCAGAUCGAUGCAGCAAUUAAUGCUGGCAACAGCGGCGGACCAGCUUUAAAGGAUGGAAAAGUUGUCGGUAUCGCAUUUGAAACACUUGACAAUGCCGAAAAUAUUGGGUACAUUAUUCCUAUUCCAGUGGUUUCGCAUUUUCUAGAGGACAUCAGUAGAAAUGAAAAAUUUUCUGGUUUUUGUAACUUGGGAAUUAGAUGGCAACCCAUUGAGAGUGACCACAUGAGAACGUACUUUAAGCUAACCCCAAAAGACUCUGGAAUUCUCAUCUCCCGGUCGCUGAAGUUAUCGUGCAGUUACAACCAUCUGCAACGAGGAGAUGUUUUAAUGGGUAUCAACGGUGUAAACAUAGCUGAUGAUGGAACUGUACCAUUCAGAGGAAAUGAAAGAAUCUUAUGGAAUUAUUUAAUUCAUUCAAAAUUUCCCCAGGAAGUUAUUGAAGCGACAAUUCUUCGAUCAGGAAAGAAGAAAACAGUUGAAGUAGCUUUGGAAGUACUUACAUUUUUAGUUCCUCCUCAGUUAUACGACAGACGCCCAAGCUACGUCGUUUAUUGUGGGCUAGUUUUCGUCUCGCUGUCUCAACCUUAUAUGUUGCACCAGUAUGGAAAAGACUGGGGUCGAAAAGCACCAAUUCGUUUAUGUGAUCGAAUCUUGUAUGGUGUUCAGGAGAAGAAAAACCAAGAAGUGAUUGUACUUAGUCAGGUACUUGCAUCAGAAUUGACAGCUGGCUAUGACAGUUUUUCAAAUCUCCAAAUAUACCGUGUCAACGGGAUUCCAGUGUUGAAUUUAAAACAUCUUUGCCACAUCUUGGAUAAACUGACCUUGCCUCAUUCAGGUAAAUCUGAAACAGCUGCGACAGCAAAUCUUAUAAAUUCAGGUGCAAGUGACCGACUGGACAACAUCGAACCUGCACUAAGAAGAUCUGAAAAUGGAAGGGACUCACCUGAAAGCACAGCAACGGUGUCCUUGACAGACAGGGAAAGAGAAUCAUACACAAGCUUUGAUAAGCUGAGCGGUGGCGUUGAAAUAGGUGACGAUUUGGAUCGUACUGUGGAGAGUGCUGAGGUGGAGAAACGUUUACAUAAACUGCAACAAGAAGAUAGACUGUACUCUGAAUUUACAUCUGAAACGCAAAACCUGUAUUAUGGUGCAGGCGAUGACCCGCUUCUGUUAGACUGUACGAAUUUCAUUCACUUUGAACUGGACAAGGAUAAAGUAAUUGUGUUUGAUAUUGCAUCGGCUCACACGAAAAAUUUAGAAAUUUUGAGACAAUACGCAAUUAGUUUGCCGAGGUCGGAAAAUUUGCCGUGUCAGCAAUAUUAAUUUAUUUUACCUUAUCGGACAAAAAAUGUUGGAGGGACGAAAAUAUUGCCCGAUAAAUUCUGUAUUAGAGUACUGACUUAAAGCUAUAGGCAAGGAUUGUUUCAAAUGUUUUCGCCGGCUGGAUGGAAAGGCGUCUUUAGUGACGAAUGUUUUGUCUGACAUUUUUUAUUUUUUUCUGUGACUUGAAAAUUUUUCCAACCUUUUUUAAAUCCGAUAGGGUAGACAAACACUUUGAUUUGUUUUAGUUUUUAAAAGGUAUAAGCUAUGUUCUGCUCUAUCUUAUCCGUUUUAAGUUUACCGCCCUACUUCCAUCAUUUACCGGCCUACUUCUGUUUACUGCCCAUACCGUGAUUUUCUUUAUCAAAGAGUACAGUUAUGCAAAAUUUUGUCCAAAGUAUUUCUUCAAGGUAAUUUCUCUUAGCAAUUUGAGUCUCAUAUAUUAGAUCAAGAUUUUCAUUUGGGGCGACCUUUGCAGUUUUUAUCUACUUUACCAAAGGAUAUAAACUUGAAGCAAGAAAACACGGAACUUUCAAGGUUUCGCUAUUUCUGGUUUAUCUCCACCGCAGAUUUGUUUUUCUUUUUUCUUUGUUUUGUUUUAACAUAUUACCCCGUAUACCUAUUAAACGUGUCCUUGUCCAUAAAGGGUCUUGGUGCAGAGAUAAACGGAGUAAUCUCUUAUACCAUAUCAUAUACCGUUAAUCGCCUAAUUGCGAGGUAAUAAGACACGCCAUAUAUUUUAAUGUUUUUAUGUUUGUAUACUAAAUUUUAAACAAUCAUUGCAACUAUUAAGUUUGGUGCCGUCAUUCUUUGCAAUAAUAAAUGGUUCGCGUUGAUGCUUAGAUUACUUAGACACUGCACGUUCAGAAUAGUUAGAAACUCUAGCUACCGGAAAGCAAUAAUUUACUGAAAAAUGAUAUGUAAUGCACGUUUUUAUAUAUUAUUUUUCUGAAACAUAACAAUAAUAAACUAUUGUUUUA